AUGGCAUUGGAAGAAGUGGUACGAUAUUUGGGAGCUCAUAAUGAGAUUCCUCUGACCCUCACUAGAGACUCUGAAACUGGCCAUUUCCUCCUGAAGCACUUCCUACCCAUUUUACAGCAAUAUCAUGAUACAGGGAAUAUUAACGAAACAAACCCGGAUAACUUCCCCACUGACGAGGAAAGAAAUAAAUUACUGACGCAUUAUGGGAUUGUUGUGACUACCGACGAUCAAGGUGAGUUAUGGAUAGAAUUGGAAAAAUGUUUACAAUUGCUAAACAUGUUAAAUUUAUUUGAUUUGUUUCAGGACGCAUUCGAAUUCGAAGAACCUGAAACAGAUCAGGAUGAAGAAGACCCCGAUCAUUCGAAGGAAACAGGAAAUGAAGCUAAAAAUGAAAUUUCCACCAUCAGUUCUAAAAGGAUUAAUAUUUUACAAGAUAUGAGCGCAGAUUCCGAUGCCCACAGAGAAUUAGGCUCUCCAUUAAAGAAGUUGAAGAUAGAUACUUCUAUGAUAGAUGCGGAAAGUGACUCGGCUCCCAACGCUGCCACAGACAAUAUCGACAAUCACAAUAAGAAAUCCGCCAGCGGCAGCGAGAACAACAAUGACGCCGAUGACAAUGAAGGGGCAACUACGCCUAUCGUUACAUUUACUCAUGAUCUAACUUCUGAAUUUUUGAGUAAACCUUUAAUUAUUGUGAAAACAUUGCCUUCUCCAAUUGUAAACGAUAACGAACAGAAAAUGAAACUUGAGGCAUUUUUACAACGAUUGUUAUUCCCGGAAGUCCAAGAAAUGCCUGCAUCUCUUAAUGAUGAUAACAAUGCCAGAAACUCGGAAGAAGCUGACUCAGAUCAGCAACAACACGUAUCAUUUGAUAGCGUUUUGCAAGAGGUCAACGAUGCUUUUCCUAACACUCAAUUGAACCUUAAUAUUCCCGUCGAUGAGCAUGGAAACACCCCAUUGCAUUGGUUGACUUCGAUAGCGAAUCUUGAAUUAGUGAAAAACUUAGUCAAACAUGGUUCAAACAGACUAUAUGGUGAUAAUAUGGGGGAGUCGUGUUUGGUGAAGGCUGUUAAAUCUGUUAACAAUUAUGACUCAGGGACUUUUGAGACACUCCUAGAUUAUCUGUAUCCAUGUCUAAUAGUGGAAGAUUCGAUGAACAGGACGAUUUUGCACCAUAUCAUUAUUACAUCUGGCAUGACUGGCUGUUCCUCCGCUGCUAAAUAUUAUUUAGACAUUUUGAUGGGAUGGAUCGUUAAGAAACAAAACAGGCCCAUCCAAAAUGGUAAUAUUAACAAUGAAAAUAAUACUGAUAAAAAAAAAAAAGAAAAAAAGGACUCAAUACUGGAAAAUUUGGACCUGAAAUGGAUAAUUACAAACAUGCUCAAUGCACAAGACUCCAAUGGCGAUACUUGCCUGAAUAUUGCUGCUAGGUUGGGAAACAUAUCAAUAGUAGAUGCGCUAUUAGAUUAUGGUGCAGACCCAUUUAUUGCCAAUAAGUCUGGCUUAAGACCAGUCGAUUUUGGGGCAGGUACUUCAAAAUUACAAAAUAGCAAAGAAAACCAUGAAAAUUCAAACCAGGCAUCUAAGAGUGAUUCUGAAGGUCAAAACAACGGAAAUAAAAAAAAAGUAAGGUCUCAGCUGUUGAAAAAUCCUCCUGAAACGACAUCAUUAAUCAAUGAUGUCCAAAGCUUAUUAAACUCCAUCUCUGAAGAUUAUGAGAGUGAGACAGUGCAAUAUAAUGAAAAAUUAGAAAGUCUCCAUAGAGAACUAAAUGAACAACGGGAAAAAUUAGCUAAUUCAAGAGGUCAAUUGGCAAAUGUCAAAGAAUUAAAAGAUGAGUACUCAUUAAUGCAGGAGCAAUUGGGUAAUUUGGAAGCAGGAAUUGAAGAAGAAGAGGCAAGUUUUAAAAACGAGAGCAAAAAGCUGGGAAUUGUAGCGGACGAAAGUUCAGGUAUUGAUUGGGACUCCAGUGAGUAUGACGCAGAUGAACCAUUUAAAGUGGAGUUCAUCUCAGAACUCUUAGAGGAAAAGCUGCAAAGGGACUAUGACGGAGACAUUUCCAAAUUACUGGAAUCGGAAUCAAAAGAACAAAUAAUAGAACAAAUACGAAAUCAAGUUCCAGUAGAAAAAAUUAACUCUAUGCUGCCACCAAUUGCUCUACUAAAGGCAAGAAUAAAUGCAUACAAAAGAAACGAUAAACACUUGAGUAGUGUCCUGCACACAAUCGGUACCAAACAAUCAGAAUUAGAAGACAAAUUUAGGAGAGUACUGUCUUUAUGUUUGAAGAUCGAUGAAAACAAGGUUGACGAUAUGCUUGAUGGUUUAUUACAGGCCAUAUCUUCCGAAGACCCGCAAGAUAUUGAUACCGAGGAAAUGCAAGAUUUCUUGAAAAAACAUGCUUCGUAA